AUGCCCAAAGUUGGCUAUAUGACAUGUGACCCUUUGGGAGGCCCUGGCCUUCAUCAGGACACAGGGCUUGGAGACUCCUCACCAACCUUUUGCGUGUUGGCAUUGGAAGGAAAUCAACCCCAGGCUGUCCUAGCUCAAUGUGUCUGGGUUGCAGAGUGCUGCUUUAAGCUGCUCUUCUGUGUGGUGCCGCAUGGGUGUGAUUCGUUUCUAUUGAGAUGGCAGGCAGUGCGGGGUUCCUUGGUUGGAACAGUAGAGAAGCGAGGAAUUUCUGGGGGCCAGAGAAAGCGGGUGAAUGUUGGGCUGGAACUGGUGAUGGAACCUUCACUUCUGAUCUUAGAUGAACCCACAUCUGGUUUGGACAGUUCUUCUUCUCAGCUACUAUUGAGAGCACUUCGACGUGAAGCUCUUGAAGGGGUGAACAUCUGCAUGGUUGUCCACCAACCGAGGUUUGCUUGGAUGAGGUUCAUGUAUUUAGUUCGUGUAUAUGAAAUCUAUGCUCCUUUAGCGAUUGUAACUUUGUGA